AUGAGGUUUUGGGUAGUGAUGGUGUUAUGUCUGAUGAUGUCCAUGGUGUUAGGAGGCUUGUCUCAAGGGGAUGUUAGUUCCAUUAUAAGUAAAUCCAUGUUUGAGGAGAUGCUGAAGCAUCGUGGUGACGCCAAUUGCCCUGGAAAAGGCUUCUACACUUACGAGGCUUUCAUAACUGCAGCCAAAUCCUUUGGAGGUUUUGGAACAACUGGUGACAUUGUUACCCGUAAGAGAGAAAUUGCUGCCUUUUUGGGACAAACUUCCCAUGAAACUACUGGUGGGUGGGAAACUGCACCGGAUGGUCCAUAUGCAUGGGGAUACUGCUACAUAGAAGAACAAGGCAACCCCCCGGCUUAUUGUGCUGCCAGUCAACAAUGGCCAUGCGCUCCUGGUAAAAAGUACUAUGGCCGAGGUCCCAUCCAAAUUUCCUACAACUACAACUAUGGUCCGGCAGGGAGAGCCAUAGGGGUGAAUCUGCUAAACAACCCAGAUGCUGUGGCAAGAGACCCAGUUAUUUCUUUCAAGACAGCAUUCUGGUUUUGGAUGACACCACAAACACCAAAACCUUCGAGCCACGACGUCAUCACCGGCCGGUGGACGCCAUCCGCGGCAGACUCGGCAGCCGGCCGCUUACCUGGCUACGGCCUGAUCACCAACAUCAUCAAUGGCGGGAUCGAAUGCGGUAAAGGGCCAAAUCGUUGGAUAAAAGACAGGAUUGGUUUCUAUAAGAGAUACUGUGACAUGCUUGGAGUCAGAUAUGGCCCAAAUCUCAACUGCGAUAACCAAAGGCCUUAUGGUGGUUAA